AUGGAGGAGGCGGAGAGGCACACUGACCGGUCCUGGUACGACUCAGAGGAGGCGGGCAGUGUUUUCGACUCAGGCGAGGGCGCCAACCCAUUCGGAGGCUUCGGGGACGAGCAGGCGUUUGAAAAGAAAGAAGAGCGCAAGAAGGAGGCAGCGGCGCGGCAGCAGCGCAUGGUGCGGUCGGACGGGUCGGCCAUGUCGCUGGCGGCCAGCAAGCGCCUCACCCAGCUGUCGGCGGACCAGGCGUCGUGGGAGGACCGCCAACUCAUGCGGUCGGGAGUGGUGCGCAACGCUACAGAGCUCUCCACGGAUAUUGACGAUGAGGAUGAGAACCGUGUGCUGCUGCUCGUGCACGACACGAAGCCACCGUUCCUGGACGGGCGCAUAGUGUUCACGAAGCAGCAGGAGCCGGUGAUGCCGCUCAAGGACCCCACCUCGGACAUGGCCAUCAUCGCUCGCAAGGGCUCUGCUCUAGUCAGAGAGAUCCGGGAGAAGCAGCAGCAGAACAAGAGCAGGCAGAAGUUCUGGGAGCUCGCAGGAAGCAAGCUGGGGAACAUUUUGGGUGCGAAGAAGUCUGCCGCUGAUGUGGACGCGGAUACAGCCAAGGUGGACGAGGAGGGCGAGGUGGACUAUAAGGACAAUGUGAAGUUUGCCGACCACAUGAAGAGCACGGGUGGGGCGGCAAGUGACUUCGCCAAGAACAAGUCCAUAGCCGAGCAGCGCAUGUACCUGCCCAUCUACUCAGUCAGGGAUGAGCUCUUGCAGGUGAUUCGCGAGAACCAGAUUGUGGUGGUGGUGGGCGAGACGGGCUCCGGCAAAACAACGCAGAUGACACAGUACCUGCACGAGGACGGCUACACCACGUACGGCAUGGUGGGGUGCACACAGCCACGGAGGGUGGCAGCGAUGAGUGUCGCCAAGCGUGUGGCGGACGAGAUGGAGUGCGAGCUGGGGUCCACUGUGGGCUAUGCCAUUCGCUUUGAGGAUGUCACCAGCAGCAACACGCUCGUCAAGUACAUGACGGAGGGAGUGCUGCUGAGGGAGUCACUCAGAGAGCCUGAUCUCGACCAGUACAGCGCCAUCAUAAUGGACGAGGCACAUGAGCGCUCACUCAACACGGACGUGCUGUUUGGGGUGCUCAAGCACGUGGCGGCACGGCGCAGGGACUUCAAGCUCAUUGUCACCUCCGCCACGCUCAACGCCGACAAGUUCUCGCACUUCUUCGGCAGCGUACCAGUCUUCUUCAUCCCAGGGCGCACCUUCCCAGUAAGCAUCAUGUGGAGCAAAUCUCCCUGUGAGGACCCAGUCGACGCAGCCGUAAAGCAGGCGCUAGCCAUCCACGUCACCAUGCCACCUGGUGACAUCCUCAUCUUCAUGACCGGACAAGAAGACAUCGAAGCCACCUGCUUCGCCCUUGCCGACCGCCUCGAGCAAAUGGCGGCCGGCGCUGCCCGCGCCCCGCCGCCCCUCUCCAUCCUCCCCAUCUACUCCCAACUGCCGGCCGAUCUCCAGGCGAAGAUUUUCCAGAAGGCCGAGGAAGGUACCAGGAAAUGCAUCGUGGCGACGAAUAUCGCCGAGACGUCGCUGACCGUUGAUGGGAUCUUGUACGUGAUCGACGGUGGUUACAGCAAGAUCAAAGUCUACAACCCCCGCAUGGGUAUGGACGCGCUGCAAGUCUUCCCCAUCAGCCGAGCCGCGGCCGACCAGAGGGCCGGCCGAGCCGGACGGACAGGUCCGGGAACAUGCUACAGGCUGUACACAGAAACAGCGUACGCAAACGAGAUGCUGGCGAAUCCGGUGCCCGAAAUCCAGCGCACCAACCUCGGGAAUGUCGUGCUGCUGCUGAAAUCCCUCAACAUUGACAACCUAUUGGAUUUCGACUUCCUAGACCCGCCUCCUCAGGAGAACAUUCUGAAUUCCAUGUACCAGCUGUGGAUCCUAGGAGCGCUGGACAACACCGGAGCACUGACCAAGACAGGGAGGCGGAUGGUGGAGUUUCCUUUAGACCCUGCGUUGGCGAAGCUGCUGAUCUCCGGGGAUCAGUUUGGGUGUGUGAACGAGACGUUGACCAUGGUUGCCAUGCUCUCCGUGCCCUCAGUUUUCUUCCGGCCCAAGGACCGCGAAGAGGAGUCCGACGCUGCCCGGGAAAAGUUUUUCGUGCCCGAGAGUGACCAUCUGACCCUGCUGAACGUCUUCCAGCAGUGGAAGUCCAACGGGUAUCGCGGCGACUGGUGCUCAGACCACUACCUGCACGUGAAAGGCCUUAGGAAAGCCCGGGAAGUGCGAGCACAACUAGCCGAUAUCCUCAAGCAGCAGAAGAUUCCUCUGUCUAGUGCUCGUCAGGACUGGGACGUGGUGCGUCGGGCGAUCUGCACGGCGUAUUUCCACCACGCGGCGAAGCUGAAAGGCGUGGGGGAGUAUGCGAGCUGCCGCACCGGCACCCCGUGCCACCUGCACCCCACGAGCGCACUCUACGGGCUUGGAACCACCCCGGAAUACGUGGUUUAUCACGAGCUGGUGCUUACUUCGAAGGAGUACAUGCAGUGUGUGACGGCUGUUGAGCCAAGAUGGUUGGCUGAGGCUGGGCCGAUGUUUUUCAGUGUGAAGGAGAGUCAUCAGAGCCGGCUGCAGCAGAAAUUGAAGUUGAAGGAGGAGGCGAGUGCGAUGGAGAGGGAAAUGGCGGAGGCGAGAAGGAAGAGAGAGGUGGAUGAGGAGAUGAGACGGAGGAAGGAUGAGGAGAGGACUGCAAAGGAGGCAGAAAGGAUUGUCAUGCCGGGGGUUAAGAAGGGGCGUGGGACGCUGCAGCAGAAGCAGAAGGUGCGGGAGGAGGCGAGAGCGAUGGAGAGGGAGAUGGCGGAGGCGAGAAGGAAGAGGGAGGUGGAGGAGGAGAUGAGAUGGAAGAAGGACGAGGAGCGCACUGCCAAGGAGGCGGAGAGGAUUUUCAUGCCGGGGGUGAAGAAGGGGCGAGGGGCGGUGGGGAGGAGUGCUGGGCUCUAG